AGUGGCGGCGCAAUGCGGUCACAUUCUUACCGCGAGAUCUUAAAAUCACGCUUUGAGGUGGUUUUUUGAAAAUUAAGUGGUAAAUAUGCACCGAAUACCAUUGUAUAUGGCGUCGGAGCCUCGACCCGAGGCCUCUGAAUAUAUCACGAUGUCCGAGGUCAUGUGUCCACGUAACCUGAUAGAAUGCGAGCUGUUCUUGAAGAUACUGCGCAAAACAACCGACACAGUUUUUCUCAAUUUUUCUGAAGUUGCUGAAAGUUGUCUCAACAUUUCCAAGAAGUGUAUGAAUAUGAAAAGUCCUACAGUGUUGAAGAUGACUUUGCAGAGUCUGGACGAAAUUAUAUGCCGCGCACCCAGCGCCUCCCCUACAUGCGUGGAUGCUAUUAUGGCCAGAAGUGUUCUCUGCAUAAAAAAUAACCAGAAUGCGACCGCAUGCAAUGAUUUACUUUAUUACGAAUCUUUGGAUCCAGCUCUCAAGACAGCGGAGGGAACGAUAAUCUCACAGAUACUUCACUGUAUAUGCCUUUUUGUGAAUCGGGAGUAUGAAGCAUCGAAAGAUAAACUUUCGGUUGUAAAAGGCCUCAUUGAAAAUGGGACACUAGCCGAUCAAAGUGAAGUCAGUCCUUUUCUAGCUCUUAUAGAACAACAUGAAGAGAGAAUUAACCAAGCUAGAAAAAAUGUUGAGUUUUGCAAGAAAGUUCAAACCCAGGACUUUGCGCCUUUUAAGGGUUUUAAGCUUACUCGGAAAAUUCCGUUUGCCAGCCAAGCUUGUGAUUAUUUCGAAAAAUCCAUUGAGAAAUCUGGCGGAGUUUUCGCUUCAUGCGAUGUACCUAAAGGGGAAAUUGUUCUUGUGGAGAAUCCUGUGUACUUUCAGUUUAGUGCCCCAUUUCUGAACUGCGAGUUGUGUGGAGUGCAUCAGCAACAGCUGUACACCUGUGAUAACUGUCGUUAUAGAUCCUAUUGCUCAAUGUCGUGUAUGAAAUCAGAUGCAGAAGUCCACCAAUACGAGUGCACUGGAUAUAAAAUUGGACUUAUCCCAAUGCUAGAGGCUAACAUGCUGUUUCGAUUGUUUUGCGAAGCAGGAGAAUAUAUUCUUCCGGCUUUAGUGGAUUAUGCGAUGGAUGGCGGAAUAUUAAGCAAUCCCCGAGAUGCUUGGACCUUUAUACAGGAGCAUGCCCAGGAAGAGGAGAAAACUUAUAAUCUUGUUGGAGAACUCCUUGCUACAGCUCCAGAUUAUAACCUGCUGACAAGGGAAAAGUAUACAGAAAUCGUAACAACGGCAUUUCGUUUGUCGGUUUUCAUUUACAAUGACACCCGCCUCGCAGAGAAAUAUUUUUAUUUGCUGCCUCUUAUGAAAACAGACUUAAUUAAUGUAAUGGCAGCUAUACUUUUACGGUUGGGUGGCCACGUUCUAUUGAAUUCCCAGCGAGAUAACUUAUGCUACACACAACGCGAAUGUUUUGAUGCCAUGAAUGAAAAUAAUAAUGAAUUCGAAAAUUGUGGUAUUCUUCCGAUGCCAACUGAUCGUAUAAGCGCAAAUGCAUUCAGUUACUAUGGAGUUAAUGCGAUUACAGAUUUCGUAGACUGCUAUAACAACGUUCACGAUAGUAUAGCUGAGGUCGAACAUGAGUACCCAGAGAAGUUCUCAAAUGAUAGUCCGAUAUUUCGGUUUGCUGAUAGGCUACAUUCUAUUUGCAUUCAAAAAUAUGAGAUUGAAGCUGUGGAAGAUCUCGUAAGUGCAGAGACCUUUCCCGAACACGAUUUAAACGAAAUUCUUCAAAUUUUUAACACAUCACAACGCUGCCAGCUGUUGACGAAUAUUGCUAAAUAUUUUCAGCAAUUUGUUUAUCAAUAUUUUCACAAAAUAGAAAGUACCCUCCAACUAAAAUCUACGCUUUGUGUUACAUUAAAAGCUUUUAGGCAGAAUUGUGGGACAAAAAAUAUUAAAGCCAUAUUCUUACCAAAUGGAAAAGUCGUUGGAGUGACAGCUAAAAAUGUCCAUAAAGGCGAGGAAUUAGUGCUAUGCCCUGAUUUUGCUAGGCUUCGUGAUCAAAACAGAAUAUUGGAUUUAGCACGAAGCGAAUAUUUUAGUUUUUCGACAAGUAUUGAAAACGAAAAUAAAAAUCCUGAGAAAAUGCCUUCCCCAGAGUUUGUGCGACACAAUAAAGCCUUCAUCGCCGCUAUUAAGGAGAACCUUUCAGCUUGGAUAGAGUCUCGACUAGAUGCAAAUCUGCAACUUCAUUUGACCAUCUUAUACGGUACGUACAAUAGUUUUCUCGCCUUGCAUUGCGAAGAAAAGGACGAGACACGUUUUCUGGGAGUACUUAAGUUUUCGAUGUUUCUAGCAUUAAAUGGCUUUUUACAACACUCUACCGAUAAUAUUGUGCACUUCGUUGAGCAAACUGAAACGGAUGAUAUUCAUUUUAAAAAUAUCGAAAUUUAUCGUCAAAGCCUUUGUGUAAUCAGAUGCAUUAUGGAACAAUAUAUUAAUAUAAUGGUGGAUCGUCCAGAAGUCGACUCGGAUUAUCCCAAAAUGGUUCUUGUAAGCUCUUCCUUUAUUUUAAAAAGACUGCAGAUUCACACGGAAGCUUUAAUUGAUGAUGAAGAGGCUUCAUCUUUAUACAUGGAAUAUUGUACGCAUCAUUAUAAAUGGAAGACAAUCUUUAAUUCAUUUUUGACUAUGCCAUCAGACCUUAAAAACUUUUUGGUAAAAUAGAAGAAGUGAAUUAACUAUUUCCAAUUAUUUUAAUGCGAAUGGAGUUUUUGUUUAUAUGUUAUAAGCUUUAUGUUUAAUAUAAUCCUGUUAACUCUUGGAUAAGGAAACAGAAAAACAUUCCAGUUAAUUAAUUUGUGUUUCAGACAGCCAAACUAUUUUUAUAAGCUUAGAAUUUAACAUAUGUUACACGCAUAUCUAUGUAAGAAGCGCUCUUCAGUUAUUCA